AUGCUUGAGGCCUUUCGCCAGGAACAGGACCUUGAAGGUGGAAAUAGGGGUGGGACGUGGAGCAGUCAUGUUGUGCCAUCGCAACAGGCCCGUCUUCCCUGCGGAAAGUUGGCCCCCAUGCCCAGGCCGGUGUUCCUAUACCGAAUCCUGAACCACAUAGCCUGGCCGCUGAAGGCGGAUAGCUGGACCGUUUUCGUGGAUAGGGUGCUGAUUUUCCUGGGCUUUUUGACCAACGAGGUGGACUUUCAUUACCUGAUAGCAAUUUGACAGGAUAUGGACAGCCUGCUGAUGGGCAUGCCCACAUAUCUGAUUCUGGUGGAAAUGCAGAUACGCUGCUUUCAGUUUGCCUGGCCCAAGGAUCGCUUUCGGGCCCUGUUGCAGAGGUUUUAUGAGGAAAUCUACGUAGCACAGGAGCUGGAGCUCUAUUUAAUAGCCACGCGCCUUAAUUGAACGGUCUAUCUUCUGGCCCUGUUCAAUUUCGUACUGGUUCCUGUGAAGAAUGUCAUUUACCGUCAGCUACAAAUGCUCAAGCAGGUGUGUCCCUUUGACAACACGCAACUGCAGUACUUUAUCCCGCUUCUGGAACUCAAGUUCUGGGUGGUCAUCAUCACUAGCAUGCUCUUCGGGGAACUAAAUGCCAUGUGUGGGCUUAUGAUGGUUGUUUUUUAA